AUGGCGCUGCGCGGCUGCCUGCGGGUCGGGCCGGGGCUGCUGCGCGCCGCGGGGCCGCGGGGCCCGCCCGCCCGCGGGACCUGCGCCGGGGGCCGGGUGAGCGGCGGGGGCGAGGGGCCGGGAUCGCAGCCCGCGUCCUUGCCGCGGGCCGGGAAGGGCGCCUUGAGCCGGCUGUCCCCUGCGCUCGCCUUGCAGCCGCCGUCCUUCGGGUUCCUCUUCGACGUGGACGGGGUGCUGGUGCGGGGCAGCCAAGCGGUGCCCGCCGCUCGCCUGGCCUUCCAGAGGCUGGCGGACAGCAGCGGCCGGCUCCGCGUGCCCGUGGUCUUCCUCACCAACGCCGGCAACUGCCUGCGGUCGGCCAAGGCCCGAGAGCUGUCCCAGGCGCUGGGGCUGCAGGUGUCCCCGGAGCAGGUGAUCCUGUCCCACAGCCCACUCCGGCUCUUCAGCCAGUUCCACCACAAGUGCAUGUUGGUGGCUGGGCAGGGGCCCGUGGAGGAGAACGCCCAGAACCUGGGGUUCAAGCAUGUGGUCACCAUAGAGGCACUGAGGAAGGCAUAUCCCCUGUUAGACAUGGUGGAUCAGAGCCGGAGGCCAAGGGAGCUGCCUCCUCCAACUACUGGCUUCCCCACUAUAGAAGGGGUGAUUCUGUUUGGUGAGCCAGUGAGGUGGGAGACAAGCCUGCAACUUAUUAUCGAUGUGCUCCUGAGCAACGGGAACCCUGGGGCAGAGCUGCAAGAUAUACCAUACCCCCACCUGCCUGUCCUUGCCUGCAACAUGGAUCUCCUGUGGAUGGCCGAAGCCAAGAUGCCCAGGUUUGGCCAUGGCACUUUCCUUCUUUGCUUGGAGAACAUCUACAAGAAAGUGACAGGCCGGGAGCUGAAAUAUGAGGCCCUGAUUGGCAAACCCAGCACGGUCACCUACCGCUACGCUGAGUACCUGGUGAAAGAGCAGGCAGAGAAACGGGGCUGGAAGUCUCCCAUCCAGCGCCUCUAUGCAGUGGGGGAUAACCCUAUGUCUGACGUCUAUGGGGCAAACCUCUACAACAACUACCUCAAGUCAGCUCAGCAGAACCAGGUCCAGGCUGGGCUGAAGAGGAACCCGCAGGCAGCAAGUGAGGAUCACCUUGAGCUGAGAAAGGACUGCAACAGUUCAGUGGAGAGCUGCGAGUCGAUUCUGGUCUGCACUGGGGUCUACCGCCACAGCACAGAUGUCCCCAGUAAAAGAGAGGAGCGUGCAACAGAGACGGUGUUCCAUGGCCAUCGGGACUUCUGCUUUGACCCCAGUCUGGUGGAGGCAUCUUACAUAGUGCAGGAUGUGAACGAUGCUGUACAGCUUGCCUUUGAGAAGGAGAACUGGAGCUAGGGUUAAGACAGAUGUGCCUGAAGAUCUGCCCUCGGGGAUUUUAUGUACUGGAAAGGGAAGAGGGGAAGAAUGGGGAGAGACCAGAGGUGAUUUUUCCAGUCUACAUGAAAUCAAUCCACUUUUUCAUGUUGGUUUCCCAAUCAACGUGAAAGAAACCUCCCUGUCUCGGCACUAAAAGCCCUUUGCUUUUAUUGAUGCUUGUCUGCAAUCCUGACAGCUGCCAGCAGGCUUUCAACUGUGAAUGAACAUUGCUGCCCUCGAUAAUUGAGCCAUAAUGGAAACAGGGUAAAAGGAGAAGGCCUGUCCCGGCGAUCCCAGUUUUCUUCAGGCAUCAGACUUCUUUCUUUUCCGCUCUUUGUGUGUGAAGAUCAGGCGAGCCCACCCUCCUCGUCACGCUGCAUUCGAGGGUGAAGCAGUUCCUUGUGCAAGGAGCCGCCAUCAGACCAUUUCCCCCAACGUGCUUCUCGACCGCUCUCUGACGUGAGCACACUGGGGGUUGUGUCGUGGUGGCACUGUGCCAAGGGAAGGCUUUAAGUCCUUAACAGUCUCCUUGCAAAGAAUAAGUGCCUAUGGACUUCAGCAAAUUCUGUUUGCUUGGGGGUUUGCCACUGCAUCACUGUCAGUCCCAAACAAAGUCCCAUUUUGCAGUCCUCCAGCAGCCUUGGGAAAGGCAGGGCCCCUCAAAGAAAGCUGCAGUAGCCAGAGCAACUUGCUGCAGGGCUGAGGGGAAAGUCAUAUUAUUCCCUCCCCCCUAUUUAGCAUUCUGUGAACACUUCUGCCUUUUCACAUCCCACUAGGGAGCCAGCAGGCUGCUCUCAAUAGCAGAGGAAGCCACGACAAGGUCUGAAUUUCCACAGUUGUCUUUGCCUGGAGCUCCGUGCUGCAGCGAGAGGCUGUGCCAGCACCCACCCUGACCCCAGCUGUUGCAAGGGACAUGCCCCUGCUCCAGCUGACUCAGCUUCUAAAGAGGGGCCUCUCUUUGCUCCUUCCUUUCAUGCAAGGAUUGCAAGGGGAGGUCAUCAAGCCAGGGUGGUACCUGAGCCCCAGAUCCUAAUCUUGAUUUUUUAGAGUACAACCAUACCCAUCCUUGGCUUCCUUCUUUCCUGCCUUGCCUUGUGUGGUUUGCAGCUCAGGGAUACCCCAUACAGUCCAAUCCCUGUUCCCUCCUCUUCCUUUAGCAUGCAGGUGGAGUUCCCCUAACAUGAAGUAGCUGCUGAGACUUGCCUGUUCAGGACCAUUUCUGUAUCCCUAAUGACAUGGGACUUUCUGUUGUCUCUCUUCUAGUUCAGGCUAUCCAGAAAAAGAUGAAGACCCAUGUCUCCUUAGACAGUGCAAAGAAGCUGAGGAAGCGUUGCUUGAGAAACUCCAUGUGAAAGAUUGGCACAACAAGGAGUGUCUUAGUUCCAGAGAAGCACUAUGAUUUUAGAAGCAUUAAGUUAUUGUGUGUACGUGAUGGAAAGCCUUUGGAGCCAACACAGCUGAGUUGGUGUUCCUAGUUAUACUGAGCCCACACUACAGUGAGAGAUCAGCAGUAGAUCUGCCCUACUUCCUCUUCCUUCCUUCCUGCUUUACCAGGCAGCUCCAUACACAGGGUACAAACAAGAUGCUCUGCACAAAAGUUUCAAUUGUUUUUAAUUCAAAUCUCAGCACCCAUGUGGACAGACCUUCUGCUUCAGCAGCUUUCCAUCUUCUCGAUUCUAGCCUGUCUUCCUAGGGAGGUCAUACUGCAGAGUGGGCUCUGUCCUUAUAUUAGGCGAGGUUCUGCAUCUGAAAAGGACUGAGUGCUCUGUCAGUGACACAGGCAAAGAGGCCCUUCCCCCUGGCUUCUUUCUCUAUGCCUUAUUUUCUGAAAAUACCUCUUUGGGUGAUUUUUCCUCUUGUGAAAUCCAUAGUUGGAAGCAGUCGCUUCCUUUCUUAGAACUAGCUGAGGUUCUUCUCCUUUGUCUUACCAGGACAAGAAUCAUUUGACUGCUUGUAAAAGCAGCAGUAAUGUGAGGAGCACAAUCUUAGAUUUGAAUCUCUCGCCUUUCACUGGAGAGAAAAAGAAAUUACCAUUUCACCUACUUGCACAAGACAAGGGCUUGUUUCCCUGCAGAGUAAGUAGGAGGAGGGACUUGGCAUAUAAUGCGGGGAAGGUCCUUUAGCUUUCACCACAUCUCCGCAGUCACCAUUGUGCUGCAGACCCAGUGUGCAAAGCCUGAAACUGGAGGGCCAAACCCUGUUUAUUCAUAAAGUAGCUCCAGCACCCUCAGCCUUGCUUUCCAGAGAUGCCAGCCAGUGCAGAAAGAGGAAUGCUCCCUUACCUUGCACUGUUUGCUAUCUUGGGUGAUAAUUUUCAUAGAGUUAUUUUGGAAUGGUCUUCUAGGCCAUGAUUACAUAGACCUCAGAGAGCUGGUUGCUGGCAGUAACUGCUAGCCACACCCUCAGUUUGGUAGGGACUCACCUGCAGAAGUACCAAGGUCUGUCCAUCAGUGUGUACAAGUAACUCUGGCAAAGCCCUUUGUCCUGAAGGCUGUGGUGCCAGUUACUGAAAGGCAAGGUGCUGCUGAACCAGUGUCCCCUAAGGGACACUGAUGGCGGCGGUAGCAGUUUUGUGCAGGCAACAUGCAGAAGAGUUCUGAGAAAUCAGAAGCAGCUUGUAAUGUCAUAUCAGCACAUCUCUGCCAGAAGAGAGGUAGGUAGCAAGAGGAAGGAGGUAGCACCUCCUUCAAGAAGGGGAGAGGUUUGCUCUUGCAUGGAGAGUGAGCCAGGCAUCUCUGUCUUUGCCACAGCAAUGGAGGUGAGCUGACUGAUGUGAAUCUGCUUUAGAUUCUGAAUCUGCUUUUAGCUCCAGAUUUGUGAUUUUUUUUUUUCACUGUGUUAAUGUUGAAACAGUGCUUUGGGAGUCUUAAAAAUACGUAGGAGGAACUGUCAGAAAUGCUUUGCUUGCAAGUCGCAGUUGGAUGGAAGGGAGGAGAAGGCAUCUAGAAGAAUCUUGUACCCUUUCCUCAGUUCAUACCAGAUCAGGUUGUGUAAAGGGCUCUGCGUGUUGAUCUGUGCACUGAUUAGUCAGAUGGACUGAGCAACACAGAGACCUUUCCCCUCUUACCCCGCUCAGCUCCUCAAAGCUGUGCACUUUGUCCAAGUCACUGCCUAGGAAUCGCGUGGACAUAGCAGACGGGGUAGGAGAUCUGUGUGCUUCAGCUGCUGUUGGGUACUGACUUGAUUGUGGAAGAUUUCUACAGACGAAAGUGCUUGCCAGGUCUCUUCUGUUCCAUGAGUUUUGUGCUGAAGUUCUGUGCAGACUUCUGGCUUCUCUGCACUUCAUUUAUGGACAUCUGUUAUUGCUAGAGUUCAGUGAAAUCCUUUCUCCUUGGAAUUGCAGCUUCUUGGAAUUAGCUUCAAGUGUGGAUGGAACAAAAUUUUUCCUUUGCCUCAUGUAUCACAGAGUUGGUAUUUCUGAUGCUGUGUUUCAUUUUGAGCGAGUGUACUUCUAUGCAGAUUAUGGGACCAAGCAAGAGAGAGGACUCCACUUGCUGAUCUGUUGCCUUCAUAUUUAUAUGGUGCACUGCCCUGUACACCAAACACAGUGAAGACAAGACCGGAUCCUAACAGCUCCAUGUCCCUCAGAUGAACGGGGUUUAGCCAAGACUGAAAGGAAUGUGCAGUGAGGUGAGGCAACCGAUAGCAGCAGGGAGGAAGCGGAGGAGGGACAGACCUUGGGCUGGAUCUGAAGCAGAGAGCUUUAAUGUCACGCAAUAGCACAGUGGCCAGGGAGGUCAAUUUCCUUUAUUGCACAGGACUCCUGCAACUACUAGCCUGGCAUUCAGGGAGUCAUGUAACACUACUGUCCCUUUUCUUCCAAUCUUUGUCCUGGUGUGUCUUUCUUCCCCCCCGCCCCCCACUAAAUGGGUAAUGUUUCAGGUAAUGUCAUGUGUGCUAUAGCAGAGUGAUUACAUAUCAUACAGAGAAAUCACAAGCUGUGAUGAUUUUAGAUUUCAUAUUAAUUUCAGCCCAGUUCCAGAGCUGUUCCUUUGAUCUGACACAUAUAUAAAACAAUAAAAGGUGUUUUCUUUGAAAUAAAUUUUAAC